CGACAACAAACGCCAUACGCAGGGUAUCCAUCCGCACGCAGACAGGCAGGGCGAGCAGAAAGGAGGCGCACUAGUUCAGUCAGCUCAAACUGCUGCUGUUGCUGGUUUUCAGUAUCUGUUCUUUCCUCCCCGCUACUCACCGUCAGCCGUUACACAGGCAUCUCAAGUCGAGUCCCAGCGUCCUAUGAAACUGGUUUCUAGUCCUCACUAGGCAAACAUGAAGACUAAAUUCAUCAAUGGGGUCUCCUCAUCCCCCUCAAUGUCGCUGGGUUUACUGGUGACAGAAAACGCGCUCCAAGUACAGCCGGACACGGAGCCCGAGUGCGAAGACAUUCGCCCGGACGAGCCCGACCAGCAGACGAAGCACAAGGCGUAUCUGUGGUGCAGAGAGUUUCUGCACGGAGCCUGGAAGACCGUUGAAGAAGAUGAUUUUCAGAUCACUAUCAUCAGGGGGGGUCUCAGUAACAAGCUGUUUCUCUGCGCUCUCCCGGAGGAGCAGCAGAGUGUCGGGGACGAGCCGAGGAACGUGCUGCUGCGCCUGUACGGAGCCAUUCUGCAGAUGUCCUGUAAUAAAGGGGAAUCCAGACAGUCAAACAAAGAAAAUCACUUUCAAGGAGCUGAAGCUAUGAUCCUGGAGAGCGUGAUGUUUGCCAUUCUGGCCGAGAGGCAGCUGGGCCCUAAGCUCUAUGGCAUCUUCCCCCAGGGGAGACUGGAACAGUUUGUGCCAAGCAGAAAGCUUGCCACUGAAGAACUGAGAAUACCCAGUAUAUGUGCUGAGAUUGCUGAGAAGAUUGCUAAAUUCCACAGAAUGAGGAUGCCUUUUAACAAGGAGCCCAAAUGGCUGUUUGGCACCAUGGAAAAAUACAUGCGUCAGGUGCAAAGUCUGACCUUCACCAGAGAGACACACCUGCGUAAGUUCACCCGACUAAUGAGCUACAACCUGCCUCAGGAGAUGGAGAGCCUCAGGUGUCUACUGGAAUCCACUCAGUCUCCUGUUGUUUUCUGCCACAAUGACUUACAAGAAGGAAACAUACUUCUCCUGAGUGGCCGGGAGAACAUGGACAAGCAGAAGCUCAUGCUGAUUGACUUUGAGUACAGCAGCUACAACUACAGAGGAUUUGACAUCGGAAACUUCUUCUGUGAAUGGAUGUACGACUACAACUGCGACACGUCUCCAUUUUUCAAAACCAACACAAAUAAUUACCCUACCAAAGCUCAGCAGAUGCAUUUCUUUAAAAGCUACCUGUCAGAAUACGACCCGGGACUGGCCAACUUGAGUGAGGAAGACCAGCUGAAACUCAGAGAGGACAUGUUGGUGGAAGUUAACAGGUUUGCCCUUGCCUCGCACUUCUUCUGGGGCCUGUGGUCCAUGAUCCAGGCAAGAAUAUCCACCAUCGAGUUUGGCUACCUGGACUACGCCAUGGCCAGGUUCGACGCGUACUUUGAGCUCAAGAAGAAGCUGGGCAUUUGAAUUAUUACACUGGGGACAGGGAAAAGAGGGAACAGCUGCUCUUCAGAUGAGAGGAGCGAAGUGGAGACCAAUGAUCUGGCUUCUGUGUUCACUAGAAAGGGGAUGCUUUGCUACUGUAAUGGUGCUGCAUGGACCAAAAUGAACGCCACUUACCUUUACUCUGCAUCAGGCCUGAUGUGUUGAAUAGUGCGCCAUGCGUUUCUUCACAGUGUUUACGAUUUUAAGCUCCAAAUGUUCAACACGCCUGCCUGGUCCAGAAAGCUUUUGGGCAAAACAAAAAAAUAUGUAUGUAUACUAAUGUCAACAAAACAACAUAAAACAAUAGUGAGCCAGCCUCUUGGAUGAGCAGUUAGAAGAAUAUAUCAUAUGCUGCUGCACUAACAUUUAGAAGCUAGGCUCCACCAGAUUUGGUGGAAAAGUACUUGACCCUGAAGUGCCAUGUCUGGCGCCUUUUAUUGUGGUGAGCAAUACUCCGUUCUGCUAUCUUUACAACUAAUGCUAGCAAAUGUGAAAGAGUGAGGUUGGACCUCAAUCUAUAGAGUGGUACAGCAGACCAAACUCUGUUGGCACUGUGGAUUUAAUGAUUUCCAGUGUUGUGGGAUAUUUUUACACUCAUCUAACAUUUUAUGUGAAGUCUUACGAUCUUUUUUGUGGUUGUUUUACCUCUUUUCUUUCGCUGCUAGUUGAUUUUUUUUUCUAUGGUAGUAGGUCAGUAGAGCAAUAGUGUGUAAAACUCAUUCUGUGGGACCUGGCUGCCUGUGUACUCCCGAAGAAAAGAGAUUGUGUGCGUGAUUUGCUAUUAAAUGAGGAAAAUGGAGUCAGAAAAGUUAGUUCUAUUAGCUUACUGGCUCUGCUUCAAAGUUGUGAAUACAGUGGCCGCUUUCAAAUUCAGUGUUGUGUUACUUAAUGCCAACCAUUCCCUUUUUUAAGAAGAUAUGCAUCUUUUUCAUACCAACUAGGACAUUCACUUUUUUUUCAGACUGUAAGACUUUUUUUUUUUAUAUUUCUUUUGUUAUAACAUGAGACUGGACACUACUUUUUUCUGAAUUUAGUUUUUCUUAUUCAGCUGGUAUGUAAACUAAACUGUGAUAAACUUUUCUUUUUUUAUUGUUUUACAAUCUGGGCUACUAUUUUUGAGUAUCAUGUUUGUAAUAUUUUGCUGCAAAUGUAAAUUACUGGGACAGUAUAUUAAUUCUGCUAACAUUACUGUGAGUGUCUGGCUCUAUACCAGUCCUUUAGAAAAGUACUGGCAUUUCUAUAUGAAACUUUCUCUUUUCCUUGAAUGGAAGAUGUGUUUUUCUUAAUAAGAAAGUCGUGUUCUUUGAAAGGUCUGAAAUAUUGUUAAUUCCAUUUUCUUCAGCGUUAUCAGUGUAACAUUUAAGUGACCUAUUCCAUUCUGGUUUUACAUCCUAAACACACACGUGAAAUAUCUAAGCAAUUAAUAUAUAUUUGCCAAUUUACUGUCACCCACAAACAGCUGUAUUUGAGUGAAUGUAAUGAUGUAUAGUGUAUAAAUCAUAUCCUACAACAUCAGAGAUGAAUCUGUCCCAAUCUCCCAGACCAUUUUAGGAUAUGCUCAUGUAUGUACAGUACUAUGGAAUGAUUCUAAAUCAUUCUACAGUUUACUUUGUGUAUUGUAAUGCAGUUUUGCUAUACUUCUUAAAGGAAGAGUCUUUUCCAUUCUUUUCAAAGAUUACCAAUGUUCUGUAAUAAUGAAUGCUUUGCUCAUAAACUAUGAAUAAAGUUACGAAAAACUAUUCAAGUAAAA